UUGACAGCGAACGCUCGAAAAGUCGCCAACAGUUGGAGUCUUCCUUAAGCAGUGCAGCUCUCAGUUAAAACUUCACUCAAUUGCAGGUACAGAAUUACAUAUUCAAUAUGGCAGACUCCAACGCGCAGCCAAAAUACACAAAACUCUUUAUCAACAAUGAAUUCGUUGACGCUGUUUCGGGCAAAACCUUUGCCACCCACAAUCCAGCGACGGGCAAAGAGAUCAUACAGGUUGCCGAGGGCAGCAAGGCUGAUGUAGAUCGAGCUGUUGCCGCCGCCAAGAAGGCAUUCCAUCGUGGCUCCGCCUGGCGUCAGAUGAGUCCGCUACAGCGCACCAAUCUGAUGAACAAGCUAUGCGAGCUGAUGGAGCGCGACAAGAACUUUCUGGCUAGCAUUGAGACACAGGACAAUGGCAAACCGUUCGCGGAGGCGCUCUUCGAUGUGACCAUCUCGAUAAUGACGCUCAAGUAUUAUGCCGGCUGGACGGACAAGUUCUUUGGCGACACGAUUCCCGCUGGCGGUUUCAUUGCCAUGACGCGCAAGGAACCCGUCGGCGUUGUGGGCCAGAUAAUACCGUGGAACUAUCCGCUGUUGAUGUUGUCCUGGAAAUGGGGUCCCGCUUUGGCUGUUGGCUGCACCAUUGUCAUGAAGCCGGCCGAGCAAACACCUCUGACUGCCCUGCACAUGGCUGCACUGGCCAAGGAGGCCGGCUUCCCGGCGGGCGUCAUAAAUGUGAUCAAUGGCUUUGGACCCACCGCUGGCGCCGCGAUCAGUGAGCAUCCAGACAUUGCAAAAGUGGCGUUCACCGGCUCGGUUGAUAUUGGUCGCAUUAUCAUGGAGGCGGCAGCCAAGUCGAAUCUAAAGCGCGUCUCACUGGAGCUGGGCGGCAAGAGUCCCGUGGUGGUGUUCGAGGAUGCGGACAUUGACUACGCGGUGGAGACCACCCAUGAGGCGCUGUUCUCCAAUCACGGCCAGAGCUGCUGUGCCGGCAGUCGCACCUAUGUGCACGAGAAAAUCUACGACAAGUUUGUGGAGAAGGCCGCCGCCAAGGCCAAGGCACGCAAGGUGGGCAAUCCUUUCGAGCAGUCGGUGCUCCAGGGACCGCAAAUCGAUGAGGAAAUGAUGACCAAGGUGCUCGGAUACAUCGAGAGUGGCAAGCAGCAGGGCGCCAAACUGCAGGCGGGUGGCAAGCGUAUUGGCGAUGUGGGCUAUUUCAUUGAACCGACUGUCUUCUCGGAUGUAAAGGAUGACAUGCGCAUUGCCCAGGAGGAGAUCUUUGGACCCGUUCAGUCCAUCUUCAAGUUCAGCUCAUUGGAGGAGAUUAUCGAUCGUGCCAAUAAUGUGCAAUAUGGUCUGGCUGCUGGCGUCAUCACCAAUGACAUCAAUAAGGCAAUGAAGUUUGCCAACAACGUCGAUGCCGGCUCCGUCUGGAUCAAUUGCUAUGAUGCCGUGCUACCACAGACACCAUUCGGUGGCUACAAGCACUCCGGCAUUGGACGUGAACUGGGCAAGGAUGGCCUGGACAACUAUUUGGAGAACAAGACCAUUACCAUGAAACUAUUGUAAACAAUUUUGUUAUUUGUAUAUGGAAUAUAUUUUUGUAUUUUA